UUGGAGUGAGGAAGUCAACAGAUUGCUGUACAAAGUAACGGUUUGGGCUGUGGUUUGCGGAUAACCACAACGAAACUGAUUUGUUGGGGUUAAUGGACAAUGUAUUUUCUUGUUUUUUUGUAUUGGGAACUUAACGACCGACAAGGACAUACAUGAAGCAAACAACAUACUUGUAACUCGUAUGUCUUGUUCCUGGCCAGAUCAAGGACAAUGCUUACAUUGGGAUCUUGCGCUAUCCUUUUAGGUCUCCUGGCCGGAAUUGCAAACACCUUUAUGUGUCGUCCUAACACAGUGUCAGCAGGAAUCAACUGGAGGUGUAUAAGUGUGAAGGAGUGUAUAAGUAGAGGAUUUCUGGUUUACGGUAGAAGGUGUGUGCAUUCCUGUCCUCAUGGAACAUUCUUUCUGCGGGAGACACGUACAUGUGUUAACCAGUGUCCGAGACAUACCAUUUUAAAUGGAACCGAAUGUUUGAAUGGAACAUACUGUAUGUCCAAAAACAACCAGGUACUCUUCAAUGGAACCUGUCAGGCAAAAUGCCCUUCCUUCAUGGCUUUUAAGAAGUACGGGACUUGUUACAGAAUGUGUCCAAAUAAUACAGUCGUCAAUGGAUCGGAAUGUUUGCUUCGGGAAGAUUGUAAAAAGAACAAUGGUUUCGUCAAUGGCAGUGCAUGCGUGGUUCAAUGUCCUCCAGAAAACAAAUACAUUCUGAAAGGUGUUUGUCAUCGUUGGUGUCCUUCCAGUAUCGCUGUAAAAGGCAAUGGGACAAACUGUUUAUAUAAGGAAACUUGCACUGUUAAACUAGGAUGGGUAAUUUUUAAUAGCUCCUGUGUCGCGACCUGCCCACGUGAAGCUCCAUACAAAGAUACCAGCACCUGCUAUAAAACGUGUCCGAUAGGAAAGGUUGCUCUUGGAAAAAACUGCAUUUUUGUUGAAGAAUGUAAGCAAAAGAUCAUGCUUGUGUAUCAGAAAGCUUGCACAGCAAACUGCCCGGAUGUUGCACCGUUACGUGUUGACAGCCACUGUUAUGGGCAAUGCCCAGAAAGGACAGUCUUGUAUAAUGGUUCAUGCAUCUACGAACAGGAGUGUGUAUCACCAUUCGGUCAUUUUAUGGUAAUAUUCAAUGGGACAUGUGUUGAUAUAUGUCCACAAGAAGCACCAUUUGUCAAUCAUGGAGGCUGCACCAACACGUGCCCAAACACAACAGUUGUCAGUGAUAUGCAAUGUGUUGACAUAUAUGACUGUUUGGAUAGCAAUAGAUAUAUUUCAAAUGGAACAUGUGUUUCAACGUGUCCACAAGCCUCGCCAUAUGUAUUACGUAGCUUGUGUUACCAUACAUGUCCAGAGGGCAGUGUAAUUAGUGAACCCGGCCAGAAACUGUGCGUUGAAGAACUGCAGUGUAACAAAUUGAACAAGAAGGUGUACAACAACACAUGCGUAGCAACAUGUCCAUUACAAAGUCCGUACAUCUAUGCUGGUCACUGCUACUCAGUUUGCCCAAACAAAACUGUAAGCUUGACAAGUAGGUUUUGCAUAUUAGCCUUGUCUUGCAAAUAUCAAAACAAAUUUGUUCAGGAAACCGAGUGCGUUGACUCAUGUUCAUCAACCUUUCCAUAUACUCUGGACAACACCUGUUAUUCAGAAUGCCCCUCUAACAGCUCUUUGUUUCCCGGUAACCGAUGUGUGACCAUUAUGAAUUGUUAUUCUGAAUCAAAUGCCGUCAUUUACAAUGGUACAUGUUUACCAUCGUGCCCACAGAAUGUUCCAUACAAACAGGAUGGUAAAUGCUUGUCAAAGUGUCCAUUGGAAAUGUUGAUAAACGAUCAUGAUUGUGUUUAUCCAAGAUCAUGUCCUCCCAGAGUGAUUUACAAUGGUACAUGUUUACCAUCGUGCCCACAGAAUGUUCCAUACAAACAGGAUGGUAAAUGCUUGUCAAAGUGUCCAUUGGAAAUGUUGAUAAACGAUCAUGAUUGUGUUUAUCCAAGAUCAUGUCCUCCCAGAGUGAUUUACAAUGGUACAUGUUUACCAUCGUGCCCACAGAAUGUUCCAUACAAACAGGAUGGUAAAUGCUUGUCAAAGUGUCCAUUGGAAAUGUUGAUAAACGAUCAUGAUUGUGUUGAUCCAAGGUCAUGUCCUCCCAGAGUGAUUUACAAUGGUACAUGUUUACCAUCGUGCCCACAGAAUGUUCCAUACAAACAGGAUGGUAAAUGCUUGUCAAAGUGUCCAUUGGGAAUGUUGAUAAACGAUCUUGAUUGCGUUUAUCCAAGAUCAUGUCCUCCCAGAGUGAUUUACAAUGGUACAUGUUUACCAUCGUGCCCAAAGAAUGUUCCAUACAAACAUGAUGGUAAAUGCUUGUCAAAGUGUCCAAUAGGGAUGCUUAUUAAAGGAUUUGGCUGUGUGAUCACAUUUUCCUGCUUCCUGUACAAUGGAAUAUGUAUGCCAGCCUGUCCAACGAAGGCACCAUACACUGCUAAAGGGACCCUAUACAAUACAUGUCAUUCGGAGUGCCCACAAAGCACGUUCUUAAAGGGUUCUUACUGUGUCACUGAAUAUAUGUGUACACUUAGCAAUAAUUUCUUUAUUUACAAUGGUAGCUGUGUCACAGAAUGCCCACCAGGAACUUUGACUUUCGUUAGAGGAGUAUGCUACGAUGCAAGAGUAGAUCAAUACGCCGUCACAGUGAUACCAGCCUUGAUCUUGGUGAUGUUCGUGUUACUAUACUGUUUGGUCCAUAAUCCUAACAACUUGAAAGGAAAGGAUAUUACACAGGUGCGACCCGUCAAUCUGAAGUUACUGGAGGCCGACGAUGACCUCAAUUGUGUAGUUCUUCAAACUAUGCUAACCCAAGAGCAAGGAACCUCAAGUGGACCCGGUCAAGAAAAAGAAUGUCCAGAGGUGAUGAUUGCAAUGGAAGAACUAUCCAAUGCCAACCAUCCCAUGGCGGAAGGUGGUGUCGUCGGUGCCAUUGUCCAGCACCACAACGACGAAGAUGAUGUGCCAUUGCUUCGAGAUGACAACCCUUUGAUUCAACACGAGGACAUAUAUCAGAAUCACUCAACAGACGAUGCUCUCUUAUUCGGUGAUGGAAACAAUGUUUAGGUUAACUUAUAACUUGCUUAUAGAGAUAUGUUUUACUGUUGCCAUGUUUGGAUAAGAACUGACAGAGUUAAUUUUAUACGGAUAGACAUAUGUCAAAGUGUGCAUAUAUCCUCGCGUUCUGUAAAGAUAAUUAGUUAUUAAUCCUAAGAUGCUAUUGUAAUUAUGUGAGUGAGUGAGUUGGGUUUAACGCCUCUUUUAACAGUAUUCCAAUUACAUCGCGGCAAGUCAGCUUAAUGUGGGAGGAAAGCACGAAGUGAUGCCGGACGUUUACGACUUUGGCGAAACCCACGAGCACGGGUAUGAUGCUAACAAACUUAGAAACAUAAUCGGGGCGAACCGGGAUUCGAACUCGUGAUCAUAGGUUUCUGGCAUGCCCAAAGGAUUGCAACUAUGUAAAAAGAUUAUGAAUGUCACUUUGUAAUUUCUGUUCAUGAUACGCUUGUUCUGGGCAGAUAAAUAUUUACCAUAAUACUAUUAGACAUUUUAUUGUCAUCUUGUACCUUAUGAAUGUCUGACUGCAAUUGACCGAAACCAGCUUGUGGCUCGUUGUUAAUGAAGCAUUUCUGUCUCUCUAAACUGUAAAACUUGCAGUUAUCUCCCUUUGACUGCAAUGCCCACAAAACGCCAUUACACUCUCGAGGUUGCAUUGCAUACACACAAUGCUUCCAAGUGUUCGCGAAAAGAUGAACGUAUCCUGUCCCAUUGGUGGCACACGCGCAAACACAUGCAAAGGCAAGUCAAUUGUUCAGUCAAAAUAGCGAUUUGUAUCAAACUUAUUUUUUGCCACUUAUGACAUAUUUGGAAAUGCCCUCCACAUGUCUACAAUAAAACUUUUUGAAAGCUUCACUAAAGCCUUGAAUGUUUUAAACCUGAUCAAACAACAUUUGAGUUGUAUGACGCUCUUUAAAAUCAUCGUAGUAAGAGCAUGCUCGCUUGUACAGCAAUAGGCUGGAGCUGAUGGAAAGUUGACUAUUGGAAACUUGGAGUCGUCCCUCUUGUCAUACAGUCAUUCGGAUAGUAUUUGUUGUCACUCUGAAUCUAUAUGGGUGGAUCUAAUUAUGAAACCUACGAGACACUGUUUUGCUGGUAUACGUAUUUUAUUCUUCCCGUAUUAUCUAAGUACAACACCGCCACAUUUAUAUUCAAAUUUUUUUUGUAUUGUUCUAGAAUUUGUAUUGGGAUAUGUAAAUAUGUUGUUAUGAUUGUGCGUUUGACAAUAAA